AUGCCAAAAGACACCAAGUUUAACAAAGCUUGGCUACAACGAACAGAUGAUGAUGGAAAUCAAGUAUGUCAAUGGCUAAAACAAGGCACAACAUUUCAGUGCGUAUUGUGCAAAACCGGUGAUCGUGAAUGUGCAAAUCAAGGUUGGAGUGCAAUUUAUCAACAUAUGAAGACAAAAAAUCAUGUCGAAAAAAUAAAAGCAUUAAAAAAUAAUUUAAAAUUUGUUACUCAAUCAUCAAAAUCUCAACCAUUAUCAACUAAUGAUAUUCUUGAAACAAGUUCAUUACGACUUGAUGAUGUUCGAAAGUCGCCGAUGUUAAAUUUCGACCAACAGAUUACAAAAGCUGAAACUCUUUGGGCAUUAACAGUAGCACGACGAGGUUUUACUUACAAUUCAUGUAAUAAUAUUGGUGAUGUAUUUAGAUCUAUGUUUCCCGACUCUAAAAUUGCUGAGCAAUUUAACAUGCAAUCAAAAAAAAUUUCUUACGUGAUUUCUCAUGGAAUUGGUCCAUAUUUUCAUCGAGAUUUAAUUAAACAGUUGAAACGUUGUGAGAAGUUUGUGCUAUGUAUUGAUGAACAAACAAAUGUUCAAAAUAAAAAACAACUAGAUCUAUUAGUUAAAUUUUGGUCAUAUGAUGAAGGUCUUGUAGUCACACGUUAUUUCAAGUCCAUCUUGCUGGGUCAUGCCCAGGCGAAUGUUCUUCAAGAUGCUAUUAUUAAUUGUUUCAAAACAGAUGGUAUUGAUUUAAAGCGAUUGUUAAUGUUAGGACGUGAUAAUCCAUCUGUUAAUAUUUCUCUGGAGAAUUUAAUUGAUCAAGAAAUGAAGAAGAUGGAAGGUGGUUUAUUAUUAUUAGGUUCAUGUGAAAGAGUUCGUAAACAGUUGAAUAUUCUUACACAACAAGAGCGUGAAACAUUUUUUAAUGAUGUUCGAAAGAUAUAUCAUGGAAUUGCACAAUAUUUCAAAUUAAAUUUACCACUAAAAAAUCAAUUUUUACGUGAUAUAAAAAUUUUGCACCAUUCCUUGAAAGGUGUACAAAAUGCUGAUCAAAUUAUUCGUGUUGCACGUACUAUUCCACAGUUAUUAACAGACCGUGAAAUUGAUCAUUUACGUGAUGAAUGGUUAACUUAUUCGAUUGAAACUAUUGAUGAAAAAUGGAUAAUAAAAAGUGUAGUUAAAGAUUCAACUGGUAAUGAUAAUAUUACUUAUCAAAGAAUUGAUUUUUACUGGAAUAAUGUUUUGUCGAUAACUACAACAGAUGGUCGUCCAAAGUAUCCUACAUUAUCAAAACUUGUGAAAAAUAUUCUUAUUAUUUCUCAUGGGAAUGCCGAUGUUGAACGUAGUUUUUCCAUUAAUGAAAACAUUAUUGUUUCAAAUCGAUCAUUAUUAGCUGAACUGUCAAUUAAUGGACUACGUACCACAUAUGAUGCUGUUAAAUGUGCUGGUGGUGAUUGCGUACCAAUUGACAAAGAACUUCUUAAAGCUGUUCAAAAUUCUUAUUCUUUUUAUAGAGAAGAAUUGGCAGUUGCUAAAGCAGCUGCAGAACGAAUCGAAAAAGAAAGAGAAGAACAAGAAAAUAUCAAUGAAAUGUACAAACAGGUGUUAAAACAAGAAGAAGAUCUGUUAGUUAAACAAAAGAAGUUACAGCGACAACAACAAGAAGCUAAUUUAAUAAUUGCUGAUGCUAGUGCACGGUAUACAUCAACUGUUAUUGAUGCAUCAGCUGUACAUGAAACACCUCCAAAUCAAGCAUCAAAUUUAAGAGAAGCAUUAGCUGCUGUUGUAACACUUCCUACAAAUCAAACAUCAGCUCUAAGUCAAACAGUAAAUUUAAGUGAAGCAUCAGCUGCUAUUGCAACAAUAUCUCCAAGUCAAACUUUGGUUCUAAGUCAAACAUUAUAUCUCAGUGCAACGUUAGAUAUUAAUGAUAUCGACGCAAAUAAUUAUUCAAACGAUGAUUUAAAAAAUUUAUUACGUGUCGUACUUGCUGAAAAUAAAAGGUUAACUGAUCAAUUGAAUCAACAACGUAAUGAACAAUUAGAAAAUCAAGUACAAGUACCAGGAGAUAAAUAA